AUGGAGUCGCUAAAGCUCUACAACUCUCUGAAGCCGGGCGCUCCAGUACCUUUUAUUCCCAUUGAGAAGGGUAAGGUUUCCUGGUACGCUUGUGGUCCGACUGUGUACGACAAGAGUCACUUGGGCCAUGCUCGCAACUAUGUCUCGACAGACAUCAUUCGCCGAAUUUUGAUGCACUAUUUUGGCUUCGAGGUCAACUUUGUCAUGAACAUUACCGACAUUGACGACAAGAUCAUUAUCAAGGCACGACGACAACGAUUGCUCGAACUCGAAAAGAACAAGAACUAUUCAAAGGACGAACUUCGCGAACUCGCGCUCUCUGCUUUCCAAGCAUACGCUAAGAGUAGCUUGCCUCUUUUACUUAAGGAUGGAGAGGAUGUCAAUACGACUAACUAUGCCCAACGACGAGAGGCAGGAUACGGACAUGUUCUUGGAGGUGGCACAAUCUCUGGUGAGGGCAAGCCUGGAGACGACGAGGCCAAGGUCAAGAUGCACCUUAGCAACAUGUCCUCUGCAGCUGAAGCCAUUGCCUCAGGCGAGAUCUUCCCCGGAACCGACGAGAUUCUACUUCCCUACCUCGACGCACUUUACAAGGAAACCAUUGAUACCCGGGAUCAGACCAUGUUCACAGAUCUGACUCAGAGCAUGGAGAAGCUAUUUAUGGACGAUAUGGAUGCGCUAAACGUGCUCCGACCUGACGUUAUUACUCGUGUUACCGAAUACGUUCCCCAGAUUGCCGACUUCGUCAAGACAAUCGUCGACAAGGGAUUCGCGUACGAAGCUGAUGGAUCUGUCUACUUCGACAUAUCCGCUUUCGAGAAGGCCGGAAAUACUUACGCACGACUGCGUCCCGACAACCGAAAUGACAAGUCCCUCCAAGAAGAGGGCGAGGGAUCCCUAUCCAAGGGCCUUAGUGGAAAGAAAAACCCUGGUGACUUCGCUUUGUGGAAAAAGUCAAAGGCUGGUGAGCCUUUCUGGCCUAGCCCCUGGGGAGAUGGCCGUCCUGGAUGGCAUAUUGAAUGCUCAGUGAUGGCGGGAUCUGUUCUGGGACCUAACAUGGAUAUUCACUCCGGUGGUAUCGAUCUUGCAUUCCCUCAUCAUGACAAUGAGCUGGCACAGAGCGAAGCUUACUUCUGCGAGCAUGGUAAGGGCGAACACACAUGGGUCAACUAUUUCCUCCAUAUGGGUCACUUGUCAAUCUCUGGCUCCAAGAUGUCAAAGUCGCUCAAGAACUUUCAGACAAUCCAGGAUGCGCUUGCUACAACCUACUCAUCCAGAGGCAUGCGAAUUGUCUUCCUCAUGGGCCGAUGGAAUGACGGUGUCGAAAUCUCACCUGACAUGCGAUUGCAGGCUGACAACUGGGAGUCAACUGUCAGCAACUUCUUCAUCAAUGUCAAGGCAUUGCUUGCCGAGGCUGGAAUCUCACAUGGAGUCAAGUCCCUGUCUUUGAGUGCGGAUGGCAAGGCAAGUGAGGGUCUCAUGGCUGAGCUGGAACAAGCCAAGCAGGACUUUGAGGCUGCCAUGACCAACUCAUUCGAUACACCAAAGGCCAUGUCUGUCAUCCUCAAGCUAGUCAACACUGCCAAUGUUCACUUGAGGGAUAACAAGGAUGCUGACCUUCAGGCUCUUGAGUCUAUUGCCCGAUGGAUCACCAAGAUCGUUGGAAUCUUUGGUCUUGAUUCUAAUUCUUCGCCUCCAUAUGAAGGUCUUGGCUGGGCGACAGUGAUCGCUUCGGAUGUCGAGCCCAAGACAGCUGUGCAGCCCUACGCUGAUGCGUUUUCCAAGGUCAAGUCAGAUGUUUCUGGUUUAUCUCUUGAGAGUGGAGACAUUUCUUCAUUGCUUGAGCAAGACCCUGCAGCUGAGUUUGAGUCGAUCUCAUCAGGUGGCUCUCGCGACCCUGAGGAACUGUCCAUGCCUUACUUGCGGGCUGUCUCCAAGCUUCGUGACGAGCUACGUCGCAUUGUUGGAAACCAGACACCUGAAACGAAGAAGGCUAUUCUCGCAUUGACUGAUCGCAUUCGUGACGAAGACCUCACAAAUCUUGGUGUUUACCUGGAUGACAGACCCGAUGGCCAAGCCUCCUUGAUCAAGUUCAUUCCCGCUGCCGAGCUGAUUGCUGCGCGCGAGGAGAAGGUCGCUCAAGCUGCUGAAAAGGCGAAAAAGAAGGAGGAGGCGCGACUCGCCCGGGAGAAAGCCGAUCAAGAGGCUCGCGAAAAGGCCAAGGUAAGGCCUGAAGAUUUAUUCAAGGGUGAUGAGAGAUAUAGCGCUUGGGAUGAGCAAGGACUUCCUACUAAGAUGAAGGAUGGAAGUGAUGUGCCCAAGAGCCAGCUGAAGGGCUUGAAGAAGCAAUGGGACCGACAGAAGAAGGCACACGAUGAUCUCAAGGCCAAGGGACUAUUGUAG